AGCAAACUACACCCCACCUUGUCACUGCCCAUCUCACGAUUUCUCUAAAAUUGUCCUUGACUGGAUGCCACCUGCAAAGGAAGGCAAUUUGAUCGGAUUUUUGGGAUCUGGCUAGAUGGGGUCGAGCUUCUUAGGAGCUGCACCCAUUUCACAGAAUUUUCCAUUGAAUGAUGGGUUGUGGUUUGAAAUUGAGAAUUCCACAGAUACUUGAGGGGAAGGAAAUCAAAAUUCCUCAAAAUGUGUUUAAGGCCGUGUUAGAGGUGUAUGUGUCAUUCGAUGAGAGUGAUGAAUUUUGGUACGGAAAUCCACCAAAUGACCAUCUUUUGGCUAAUAAUCUUACUGACACAGCAGGAAAUGGGCCUUUCAGGGAAGUUGGGGUUACUCUUGAUGGAAAUGUGAUUGGGAAUAUGUUGGAUGGUAAAACACAUACAUUGCAGUUCCGCGUUACAAAUGCCUUGAAUGUGUGGUAUAUUGACGCCAAUUUGCAUCACUGGUUGGAUGGAAAGAACACAUAUACAGUAGGGAAGCUUCUUCAGCGUCAGGUUAUACCUCUUGGUAUUUCCUCUUCAUCAGAUUUCAAGGGUUUAAAUGGAACUUUCUUGACAAAGCAAACAGGUCCAUAUCCUCAACUGCUGGUGAAUGAGGAGAUCCAUUUUGAUGACAGUGUUCAGGUCAAGAAGACAUACACUUUCUCCAAAGCAAAGAAAUCAUGUAAGAGGUUUCUUAUCAACUUAUACUCCAACAAUAUGGAUCAAGGAAAUAGAACUUAUUUAUCUAUAGCCAAUGUUACGCUGGGAUUUAAUGAAAAGAAGUUUGGAGUCAGAGGCGCUGGUUACAAAAUGCCUGUCAGUUCUCUCGAAAAUUUGCAGAAUGGGCAGGGCAUCAUGGUUGUUAAGAACAACUUGGUUGUCAAUGGAGUCGGGAGUACCCAACAAAAGUACAAGUAUGAAGGCAAUAAAUUUUGCUACUUUAGGAACAUUAGCAGUUCAAACUACACCAUUCUUAAUGAUGAAGUUGGAAAUGCAUGCAACAGGAGCACAGGAUCCAGUUUUGGUUUUGGGUUUAGCAGCAGAUGGAUACCUUCGUCUUAGUUAACGGUGAGAGUGGUAAGCUAUUUGACUAUGCAUUCUUUAUCAUGGCUUUUGGUGAUGGAAUGAAGAUACAAUUAUGUUUACAAAUCUGGCUUCUUUUGUGUUGUAAAUUGCAAUACCAUCCUUCUAGCUUCGAUUUUGCAGUAAACCUGAAAUGCAGAAUAAGAUAAGGCCUGUUAC